GGGGGAUAUCUCCCCUUCAUUAGACUUUGGCCCUUGUAGAUCUCAAAUCCCAUCUAAUAUUUGGGUUCCGUUUAUAGACCCACUUUGAUCUGAAAUUGAGAAAGAACCAAAAGAAUAGUUCCCCAGGUUAAUUCGGUACUGAAUUUGGGCACAAUCGCUAUUAAAAUAACAACCCACCACCUCGCGACCGUUAAAAUGUCACUGCUAAGGUGUAAGCAGCAAUCAACAAGAUGAAAGUUGACCAGCAAUUCUUGGAUGGGCAGGAGGAGGUGUAUCCCCUCCACAAGCUUGACGAUAUCAAAAGUUUUCGCAACAAUGUGAUAUGGAUGAUGCGAUUCAAUGAUGUCCUUGACGCCGAGAAAUUGGCCGAUGCAUUGUCAAGACUGCUGGAGAUUGGAGAUUGGAAGAAACUUGGUGGGCGGUUCAGGUUCAAGGCGGAUGGAAAAUUGCAAGUUGUCUUUCAAAAGUCAUCGGUAACUGGAGAACGGAAUGUUUUCUUCACUCACGACUCUUACGAAAUGCGAAUCCAAGACCACAAGCUGGCCAGUCUUUUACCAAACGCGACAGAUGGGCCGUCCACACAUCUCGUGUCAGAGGACUUUCGACCCUUUAUUGCUCGUCCGAAUCAUCCCACCUUCGUUCAGUCAGUAAAACGAAAUGAACCUCCCAUUGCACUUCAUGUCUCCUCUUUCAAAGAUGCGACACUUGUUGCUCUUUCAUGGCCUCAUGUAUUGAUUGAUGCCUCGGCCGGAAAGGCCCUCCUGUCUGGCUGGUGUUCAGUGUUGGCGGGUCGCGAGCUCGAUGUCCCUGUGGUAACAGGCGCACGAGAAGACAUUCUCCUGCAAGCCGCGACGUCAGAAAAAGCGGAAAAUAUCGAAGAGUUCAAGCUUGAGAAACAUCGUCUGACCGGAGUUAAAUUGCUUUUCUUUUAUUUGCGACGUCUGUGGGACAAGCUCCGGAAUCAACCUCGACAACAGCGAGCGAUUUAUAUACCCGAAGCCGUUCUCAAUAGACUCAAAGCUGAGAUAGGCCAGGAUAUCGAGAAGGAGAAUCAGAGCAGCCAGGAUGUGCCUUUUGCCAGUGAAGGGGACAUGCUGAUCGCAUGGAUAUGUCAAGCAGUCGCAUCUACCAUGCCGAGGCCCAGCCCAAUGGUGAUCAUGAGCUUCCUAGACAUUCGACCUCGGAUUCCUGAGAUACGCAGGUCGACCGGUGUAUUUUUGCAGAACAUGAUCCUUUCGACGUACGCGUUCCUAUCAGCGAAGACCGCCACGGGUCCCAUUGGUGUUGUGGCAGUGAGCCAUCGUCGCCACUUUGCCGAGCAAUCCACCGACAAGCAGACUCUCUGCUUUUUAAAGAGUGUAUAUCGAGAUAUUGACGCGGCUAAAAACCCCAGGCUCUGUUUCGGCGAGUCGAAUGCAGUGCCAAUUCUGAUAAACAACGUGAGUAAGGCGGAAUUGAUCAAACUCGUCGACUUUGGUCCUGCGGUCUUGCAUCAAGGCGAGAGCUCCGAGACACGGAGGAAUCCAGUGGGAACCAUGGUCGCUUACUGGAACGAGGGUCUCGACCGGGGCUGGCGCGAUUUCAAUGUUUGCUGGAUGCAAGGAAGAGACCAUCAAGGGGAUUUCUGGAUGAUGGCAAAUUUUUUACCUCAGGCAUGGGCAAAAUUGGAGGGCGAUUUACGCCGAUUAUAUGAGCAAGAUGUCUUGGGAAAGUGAGAAAUAAUCUAUUCUCCUCACUUGAUCGUGUUCUUUUACUUGCUCAAGCCUUGGGUUGUUGUCAAAUUUGCCAAUUUUUCCAUUUUUAGAUAAGUAUUUGGUCACAAUUUUUCUGCUGAUUGAAGAUAUCCAAGGACCUUUUCCACGAGGAACUGCCGUGGCUUAGCCUGGUCAUCGUUGCUCAAUGCAUGAGAUGCACCAGGGAUAAUAGCACUGUGCUCCUGAUCCCAGAUUUGGUAUUUGCCAUCAUGAUCCGUGAUGCCCUUCCACUUCGAUAGCAACUUCUCCUUAUCAAUCCAUUCCGGAACAGCUUGAUCCGCACCCGAAAACAAAACCAUCAGUUUGUGCUUGAGCAGGCCCCGCUCAUUAAUCAUACCAAAGGUGGUCUUUAAAUGUUCGUCACUCAAGUCGGAGCUGAACAGAUCAUCCUCGCCAGGUGACUGAGGGCUGUCCGGGCUGAUCAGACUCAAGAGCCUGCGACAGCUGAUUGCGGUAUUCGCCGGAUAGAUAUGAGAAGUCAUCCACAGGGGGAGCAUCGUAUCAUGAGGUUCACCCUUGGCGACAGACUCCUUCGCCAUUGCAACCAUCUUCUCAUACACUGGCCGAAUCUCGUCGCCCGUCUUGCCACCGAUUCCUUCGCUCAACACCCAUUGCACUGCCUCUCGAUCAGAUACGGGGGCUUGCAUAAUCGCACCAUCGAGUGGCAUGCGAAGAAUGUGCUCGAGAUCCGGAUCGAACGCUGGGGUGCUGGUGUGAGGGUUGGGCCGAGACAAGUAAUGAAUCACACACUGGCUGCCGGUUGAAUGACCCAUCAGGACGAUCUUGCCGUUGCCAAACUUGGACGUUUUGUAUUCUUUGAUGUAAUUCAAACAUUGCGCGAUCUCAUCCGUGUCGCGGUCGAGGUGCCCGAGACCCCAUGACUGGUAGGAGGAUGUGAGGUUGAGCGUGAAGAGGGACCAUUCUGUGGGCUGCAGUGUGCGGACAAGAUCACUCAUGUAGGAAGUCGUCGCAAGGCCAUCGCCGAGACCUCCAACGAAGAGAACGCUGUGAGGUUGACGAGGGGCUG